AUGGCUGUUGCUACUGGUGAACAGCGGUCUUUCGAUUCGGCUUUGGCCGCGACUCUGGAGGACUUGGAAGCUCACUUGUCAUGUUUCAAAUUGUUUGAUGUUGUAUUUUGCUUUCUUUCACAGCUCGUGUCCAAUGUCCUGAUCUUCUCCUGCACUAAUAUAGUUGGCGUGUGCACACACUACCCAGCAGAAGGCUCACAGAGACAAGCCUUCCAGGAGACCAGAGAAUGUAUUCAAGCUCGUCUGCACUCUCAGAGAGAAAACCAGCAACAGGAACGCCUUCUCCUCUCUGUGCUUCCUCGACAUGUCGCCAUGGAGAUGAAAGCCGACAUAAAUGCCAAACAAGAGGAUAUGAUGUUCCACAAGAUCUAUAUUCAAAAGCAUGACAAUGUGAGUAUCCUCUUUGCUGACAUUGAGGGCUUCACCAGUCUGGCUUCCCAGUGUACUGCCCAGGAGUUAGUGAUGACCCUCAACGAGCUCUUCGCACGAUUCGACAAACUAGCCGCUGAGAAUCACUGUCUGCGGAUUAAGAUCCUGGGCGACUGCUACUACUGCGUGUCGGGGCUGCCCGAGGCCCGUGCCGACCAUGCGCACUGCUGCGUAGAGAUGGGUGUGGACAUGAUCGAAGCAAUCUCGUUGGUGAGGGAAGUCACUGGGGUCAACGUCAACAUGCGUGUGGGUAUACACAGCGGGCGCGUCCACUGCGGGGUGCUGGGAUUAAGGAAGUGGCAGUUUGAUGUCUGGUCCAACGAUGUCACCUUGGCCAAUCACAUGGAAGCUGGGGGCGAAGCAGGGCGUAUCCAUAUCACCAAGGCUACCCUGAACUACCUAAAUGGGGAUUAUGAUGUGGAACCUGGAUUUGGUGGAGAAAGAAAUAUCUAUCUCAAGAAGCACAACAUUGAAACCUACCUCAUUGUGGGCUGCAGUCAGAAACGGAAAGAAGAAAAGGCCAUGAUUGCUAAGAUGAACCGGCAACGCACAAACUCUGUAACUCAUAAUAGCACUCACUGGACCGACCGGCCCUUCUACAAUCACCUGGGUAGCAAUCAGGUUUCCAAGGGGCUGAAGAUGAUGGGAUUUGAGGAUUCUAAAGACAAAAACACGCAAGAAAACCUGAACCCCGAGGAUGAGGUGGACGAAUUUCUGGGCCGUGCCAUUGAUGCCCGGAGCAUCGACCGGUUACGGUCCGAACACGUCAAGAAAUUUCUCCUGACGUUCCGAGAACCUGACCUGGAGAAGAAGUACUCCAAGCAGGUAGACGCCAGGUUCGGAGCAUACGUAGCCUGCGCCUCCCUCGUCUUUUUAUUCAUCUGCUUCAUUCAGAUCGUCAUUGUCCCACACUCCGGGCUGAUGAUCGGCUUCUAUGUGGUGUGCCUUGUCCUCCUGUUGGCCGUCAUGUUCAUCUCAGCCAUUUACUCUUGUUUUGAGUUUUUCCCUGUGCCUCUGCAAACUCUGUCUAAAAGGAUUGUUCAGUCCAGACUCAACAGCACCCUGGUCGGAGUUUUUACCAUCGUCCUGGUUUUUCUCUCCGCUUUCAUUAACAUUUUCACCUGCAGUACAGAUGACCUGAAGACAUGUUUAGGACAGGAGUUUAACAUCACCCCCAGAGAUGUGAACGCUUGCCAUGUCCGCAGCUCGCUCUUCAACUACUCUCUCUGGUCUCAGGACAGCCUCUGCAACAGCUCGUCACCCACCUGCAAUUUCCCAGAGUACUUCUCAUCGUGUGUGCUGCUCAGUUUACUGGCCUGCUCAGUGUUCCUACAGGUCAGCAGUAUUGGUAAACUCUUCCUCAUGCUCUUCAUCGAGAUCCUGUAUGUGCUUAUCGUGGAGGUGCCUGAGGUCAGCCUUUUUGACAAUGUGGACCUGCUGGUCAUGGCCAAUGCCAUAGAGAAUAUUACUGGCACAAGCUGUGUGACAGACAUGCGGGUUCCUCUAAAGAUCAUGACUCCAGUAGUCAUCACGGUGUUUGUGCUAGCGCUCUACCUUCAUGCACAGCAGGUGGAGUCCACUGCCAGACUGGACUUUCUCUGGAAGUUACAGGCAACAGAGGAAAAAGAGGAAAUGGAAGAACUUCAGGCCUACAACCGUCGGCUUCUCCACAACAUCUUGCCCAAAGAUGUGGCUGCACACUUUCUGGCACGUGAGCGGCGGAACGACGAGUUGUAUUAUCAGUCGUGCGAAUGCGUGGCUGUCAUGUUUGCCUCCAUCAGCAACUUCUCCGAGUUCUAUGUGGAACUGGAGGCCAAUAAUGAAGGUGUGGAGUGCUUGAGACUGCUCAAUGAGAUCAUCGCUGACUUUGAUGAGAUCAUUAGUGAGGAUCAGUUUCGUCAACUGGAAAAGAUCAAAACCAUUGGCAGCACCUACAUGGCUGCGUCUGGGCUUAAUGACUCCACUUAUGAUAAAGUAGGAAGGUCGCACAUUCGCGCUCUAGCCGACUACGCUAUGCGCCUCAUGGACCAGAUGAAGUACAUAAAUGAGCACUCAUUUAAUAACUUCAAAAUGAAGAUCGGUCUUAACAUGGGUCCCGUCGUGGCUGGUGUCAUAGGGGCUCGUAAACCGCAAUAUGACAUAUGGGGGAAUACUGUGAAUGUAGCCAGCCGAAUGGACAGCACUGGGGUACCUGAGAGAAUACAGGUCACAACUGACCUCUACCAGGUUCUCAGCUCAUAUAACUACACACUGGAGUACAGAGGCGUUGUGAAGGUCAAGGGCAAAGGAGAAAUGGCGACCUACUUCCUAAACGGAGGACCCAACAGCAGUUAACACUCAGCUUCUGACAUUCAGAACACUUCUGAGAUGAUAUGGUGAGGAGACGCUUUGGUCCGGGCCAGCCAGGCUGUUGACCUCCUGGACCAAUCACAAUAGGAUGUGUUUGGAAAGCCAGUCCAAGAGUGGCCUCUUUGCACACCGAGACUUCCUAUAGGAUUAACGGAGGGCUUUGCCACCUUUAUUUAAGGUAUGGAACAGCUCAGAAAGACGUUCAACCUCAGAGACCAAAGAAAUAAAGGAAUGUCAAGGCAUAAAAAGCAGUUCUCCCAGUCUUCUAUUAUUCUUGUAUUUCUAAGAGAGGACAGAUGCACCUGGCUUUGGCUCUCUCAGGUGUGGCGGGACUGCGAUCUUACUCAACCAACUGGUCCUGGCGACUCCAAAUCAAAACUGCAUGAAAACACUGAUGAAUCAUAUACACAUAAAACAUGUGUUUUACAGGUAUAUUGGCUUCAGUGUAUGUAAAGACUAAAGAGUUCUGUUCACACGGUCCUGUUGCGUGGCGAUAUCGCAAUAGAGCUUAUAUGGUAGAGGGCCAUAGAGAGCACAGCAGCUUUACAAAUCCUUUAUGGUUCCCAGAACUUUGUCGCAGCGACUGUGGUUGUUACUGGUAAGGGAGCUAGUGUUGACCGUGUUACCUCUGGUGACAUUCUCAACGGGAGAAUAAAGCCCCGUUCACGCCACCCGCAACUUGAAACGACCCAAAGUCAUUCAUUUUUAGUGCCAGGUUGUGGCCAGGACCAACGAUGCAACGUCUUCAUUUCGCAACUGUAGUUGGGAAUCAGCUCGACUUACGUUUGUCCUUGUAAUACGCAAUUUUGUGUGCGCAGGGACAGUAUUAAACACUGAGGCGUAUUAUACGUAUCAAAGUUAAGUGUGUGUGAGCCCAAAUAGCCUAGCGUUUGUGCUUUUCGGUACAGAUAAAUGGCAGUCCACAGUGCUAAAGAACACAUACUGAGUCUCGUUCAUCUUUAAUAUGAUGCAUACUUACGACUUCCCUCCUGUCAACAAGGGAUGGGAUGAAACAAAAAAGAACGGACAUGUUUCUGGUGGCAUGAACGUGGCUUGAGACUUCAACUUUGUGUUCCAAACAAACUUACAUUCGCGUAACUACACACCCAUACACUUGUCUACACUGAUGACACCAUUAAAGACAGAGGAAAAUGGCCAAAUGUGGCUGUUUUGUAUUUUUAACAUUUUAUAUUCUGAGACUAAAAGCCAAAUUGUCAGAGCUAUUUUAGAUGAUAUAUUUUGUACAUUAAUAUAUUUAAAUAAUGUCUGUAAACACCAAUGUGUAUUUAGAUAUACAUAUAUGACAUUAUAUAUGUAUUCCAUUACUCUACAGUCCUGCACAUUUUAACAGGAGGGAGAGGUCAUUUGCAAAUUAUCAGUCACCCUUUUUGUUGUCGCUGCAUCCAUUUAAAUAAAAUCAGUAGCUAGUCUUGUAACCGAGUAAGGAGAAUAGGUUUGUUCUUUCUCCAAAAAGGGUUUCUGUAUCCUGUCAAGUGCACUACAGUGUAAUUAAGAAGAAAAUGGAUUUGUAGGACACAAAAUGACAAGUGAGUGUUUCAGAACAGCCACAGUCGUUUAAAGCUUGGCAAACACAUCUGCAAAUAUUGAUUUUAGCCUUGUGUUUAUGGUGCGUGGGACAACGAGUUGGAUCCUUUCCGUUAAAGCCACAAAUAUCCACCAUUUAUGCACUGCAGCACGACCAGCAUUCCCUUCCCUCUCAGUGUGAUGGUACGACCCAAUGAAUGUCCAUUUUCUCCAAUGAGGCCUUUGUAUGUAAAGAAUUUGAGUUUGUACACAAACAUGUAGGGUAGUCCAUAAAAAGUUUUUUUUAUUUAUUUAUUUUUUGCUUUACCUGUGUAAGAUCUUACUGUAAGUCCAUACAGAGGAUUAUGAUAAUACUUUAGGUAACCGUAACUAUAUUUGGUCCUGUUCUAAUUUCUCUCAACUUGGACUCAGCUGGGCUUCCAGUGUCACCUUUCCAAAGUCUUUAUUUCCAACAAGAAAAUAAAUGCCACUUUCUUGCCAGCAAAUUGAAAAUAAAAUAAAUGGUUGAAUGUUUUUGUAUUCAAUGUCAUUGUGAUACAUGUAUUAUGGCCUUUAAAUGACGGUGCGGGUGCCGUAUGGAUUCCUAAGUUAAAGGUGAAGUGUGUCAUUUUUUCCACAGUUAGCGGCACCAAACUGGAUUGGACACGCCCCCUAUCUGCCAUUGGUUAAACAAUAAGUUAGCCUUGCCCGUAAACGCCAUUGGUUGAGCCGGUGUUGCUGUGUCUGGAUUCUCACAGCGUUUUGAUUUUUUCACAGAAUUGAACUUCUGAAUGGCUUGCUUGUAGGAAUUAUAUCUGCAUAUUGGGAGGAGUGAAUAUUUUAACAGAAAAACUUCAGCUUUAAUUCACUUGUGUUUGCCAUCCAAAUGAAAGCACUGAGAUAAGAGAUGUCAAGUAAAUACCACAUUUCUGUCCUGCUGAGUACUGGCAUUUACUAUUCCAGUGGCUUCAUCUUGGGUUGCUUAUAUGCCAUGUAUUGCUCAAUGCUGUAUUUUUUGUUUUUGUUUUUUUACAUCCAAUUAAACUAUAACAUUAAACUCA